GUUUUCAUGACUCCAAAAAUGCUUUGAGGAUCGCAGCUGUAGAGAAAACAUCAUCCCAUAGCUAACCCUUUUCCGGUGUUGAGUGUUGACCGCUGCCGGAGAAGACGCUAACACGAAUCGUUAAUCAUUGGUGAUUCUUGCUGAAGUGAUUUCUCAAUAGCAGAAAUUUAUUGCAAGCACUCAAGCAACUAUGGGCAUAAUCAGGAGUUGCUUCUCUUUCAUAGCUGGGACAGCCUGUGGAGUUUACUUGGCUCAGAAUUAUCAAGUUCCCAAUAUCGUGAAGUUAGCUGACACUGCCUUGUUCAUGGCAAAAAUAGUUGAGGAAAAAUAUCGCAAACCCAAGAAGAGGGAUGAUGAUGAUGCCUAGUGCCUAACUGAUGCUAUAUUGGAUUCAGGUUCUUGUUUUUUUAUUUUUUUAAAAUCCUGGAUUAAAUAGGAUCAAAUACCUCAACAAAACUCUUGGGAAACACGAAUUAGUAGAAGAUUUUUAUGGAAGCAUUCUUAGCAUUUAUAUGCUUAUUAUUUUUGUCCUUUUCCCAGGGAAACAUUAUUAUUCUUCUUUGGCUAU